UUCACUGGUAGUUAGCUGCGGGACCACGACUGCUGAGCCGAGGGGUUUGAAUAUCAACCGGGACAGCAAGUGAGACUGCGAAUUUAUUCCAACGGACUUCUGUUGCGUUGACGAAUGAGCUGGCUGUAAGAAACAACAGGGAGCAUUGGGGCACACCGUCUGUCAAAGAGGCUAUUGCUCGCGCUGUUCGGUUCCGUAGCAGAGCAGUCAGUGGCAGGCAAACUCGUCGGCGGUUGACUUGCGGUUAGCCUAGCAUACCUGUGGUCCAGCAGCAUUGUGCAGGCCGGCGUUGUGCUCGGAGAUGGUCCUAGCCAUGGAGGAAGCCUGUUCCAAUGGGGUGGAGGUGGAGCCCCCUCCGGACGGGCCAGCAGAGGCAGCGGCAGCAGCCGGAGAGGAGGGGGUCGAGGAGCCCGCGCUGGGGGCCGACGCACCAGGAGCGAUGCAGCAGGUGUUGGAUAACCUGGGCGAGUUGCCCAACUCGACGGGGGCCAAGGACAUCGACCUCAUCUUCCUGCGAGGCAUCAUGGAGAGUCCUAUUGCUCACGAGCGAUUGGAGGAUGUGAAGUUAGAGGCGGUCCAGGACAACAACGUGGAGCUGGUCACUGAGAUCCUGGGAGACAUCAGCAGCCUCAGCGUCCGUGACGACAGCGCUGCAGAACUCUCUAGAAUCCUUCAGGAACCCCACUUCCAGUCGCUUCUGGAGGCCCAUGAUAUGGUGGCGUCAAAGGGUUACGAGGCCCCUCCCCCAACCGAUAUGACGAAUGACGCGUUGGUGAACAGUGCCCUGAUGCAGGCUGACGCUGUGCGCAUGAUCGGCAUCCGCAAGAAGGCCGGCGAACCGCUGGGUGUGACGUUCCGCGUGGAGAAGGACGACCUGGUCAUCGCCAGGAUCCUGCAUGGCGCCAUGAUUGACAGACAGGGGCUGCUGCACGUCGGUGACAUCAUCAAGGAAGUGAAUGGGCGGGACGUGGGGAACAACCCCACUGAGCUGCAGGAGAUGCUGAAGGACUGCAGUGGAGGAAUCACCCUUAAGAUCUUGCCCAGCUACAGAGAUGCCCCGGCCCCACCGCAGGUGUACGUGCAGCCUCACUUUGACUACAACCCGGCCAAUGACAGCCUGAUCCCUUGCCGGGAGGCGGGGCUUGCCUUCAAGCGUGGGGAUGUUCUUCAGAUCGUCAACAGAGAGGACCCCAACUGGUGGCAGGCGUGUCAUCUGGUUGAGGGGGCAACAGGACUGAUUCCCAGUCAGUUCCUGGAGGAGAAGAGGAAAGCCUUCGUCCCUCGAGACUUUGACGGCUCAGGGAUCCUUUGCGGGACAAUUGCUGCAAAGAAGAAGAAGAAAAUGAUGUACUUAACAGCCAAGAACGCAGAGUUUGACAGGCACGAGCUGCAGAUCUACGAGGAGGUGGCAAAGAUGCCACCCUUCCAGAGGAAGACGCUCGUUCUGAUUGGUGCUCAGGGGGUGGGCCGCCGCAGCCUGAAGAACCGAUUGGUGGUACUCAACCCCACCCGUUUCGGCGCCACUUUACCCUUCACCUCACGGCGUCCCCGUGACGACGAGCUGGACGGCAACUCGUACAGCUUCGUGGGUCGAUCGGAGAUGGAAGCAGACGUGAGGGCGGGCCGUUUCCUGGAGCAUGGCGAGUACGACGGGAACCUCUACGGCACGAAGAUAGAUUCCAUCCAUGAGGUGGUGGACACAGGACGCACCUGCAUCCUGGAUGUCAACCCACAGGCCCUGAAAGUCCUGAAAACAGCAGAGUUCAUGCCAUACGUUGUAUUUAUCGCUGCGCCAGAGUUUGAGACUCUCAAGUCCAUGCACAAAGCUGUGGUGGACGCCGGCAUCACCUCCAAACAGCUCACAGACGUGGACCUGAGAAAGACGGUGGAUGAGAGCGCACGGAUUCAGAGGGCGUACAGCCACUACUUUGACCUCACUAUCGUCAACGACAACUUGGACCAUGCCUUUGAGAUACUACAGGCCGCCGUGGACAAACUCUGCUCUGAACCGCAGUGGGUUCCAGUCAACUGGGUCUAUUGACCUGGUGGGUUGCAGUGACUGGGUCUACUGACCUGGCGGGUUGCAGUGACUGGGUCUACUGACCUGGUGGGUUGCAGUGACUGUUCGUGAUUGUGUGUGUUUCCAAACACCGUGGCAGAGGGAUCAGAGAAGUUACUUCUGCAAAAAAAAUAUACAAUUGUGCUGUUACUGCAAAAACAACUUCUGUGUCCUUUUCCCACGCUUUACUAGGCACACAAUGCAACUUUUUACACCUCAAAGGGAAAGAGUGCUUAUUUAUUUUAGUAUUUGUAACUUUUUAUGGAAUAAUAGUAUUUCUAUUUGUACCAAUGUGGAAUUCACAUAAAAAGAAACAUCAGGCCAAAUAUUUUGGCCAUAUUUUUUAAUUUAUUUACAUGUUAUAAUACUUGAUUUUAUACAGUGGUUGUUCCCAUUCCCUAAGAGCCUGUGCAUACUGGUUUUGGGGACAGAAUAAUAUCAUCACAGAGAAGAUAAGACACUGUGUAAAGUUCCAGAACUCUGAGCAGUUCCUUAGCUAUCCUGCUGCCACUCAUACUCCAAAGAAAGACCCUUUUUCUCCUCCAUUUUUCUAGAGAAGAACCCUUACCUUUCCUCAUUCUGGUCUUGAGCUGGAUUUGUUGUUAAAAUACCCUCAUAUAUUCUUCCUCAAGUCAAGAGCUUUACACUGUUCUAUUUAAUAUCAAGAUCAUACACUGUGUCCAUGUUUAAUCAAAGCUUUUCAAGACAUGUCUAGUUUUGUUUUAAUACUGUAGGAUUUAAUGUAUUUUGUUUAUGUGAUUUUCUUUUAGCUGCAUUUUGUCAUCAAUGAUCCUUUACUUUUAGUGUGUUUAAAAACCCCCGACAAUAAACCUGUCACCACACAUUCGAUGUCUUUCUAAAGCAUGGCCAUCAGAACAUAUUUUCCCAUCUCCUCUGUUCUCCACUAGACCAAGAUUUAAGUUUUUCAUAUCUGGAAAUGUGCCACAAAACUACAUUUCCCAUAAUCCUCUUGUUUAGUGUCUCAAUAUGCACCAACACCCUUUACACUAUAUUUGUUCCUGUUGUUCUUCCGAACUGAGACCUUACUAAGAUCUGUCACUGUAGAUGUACUUUGAGCACAUGCUUUAAACUCUAGAAGACAACCACCCCCUUCAGCUAUCCAGUUUGUAUUGAUGAGUUUUUAAACCAAUGUCCAAAAGACUUGUGUUGUAGGAGCACAUUGCUAUUAGCAAACCAUUGUCACAAUAAAUAAAUGUAAA